CAUGUUGAGAGCUGCUUGGGCCAUUUUCCUCCAGCAUGCAUUGGGAACAAACGACAUCGUGUUCGGGCAGGUCAGCGCCAACCGGUAUCUGCCAAUGUCCGAGAUAGAGGGAGUGAAGGGACCCUGUUUGAACAUUUUGCCCGUGCGCGCUCAGGUCGAAGAGUCUGCGACAUUAGCCACGUUGGUCUCCAGAAUGUAGGAAGACUUCGUGGCCGAUAUGCCGCAUCGUCAUCUUGGUUUUCGGGACAUUAUCAAGCAAUGUAGUCCGUGGCCGUCUUGGACAAAGUACAGCUCUGUUCUAAUCUUCCAGAAUCAUACGGCUCUGGAUCUGGUCGUUAAUUUUGGCAGUGCACGCGCCUCGCUUUCAGGUCGGGACCGGCUGGCAGGCUCUGCGGACAUGUGGAUUAUUGCAACGCCGUUCCUGGAUACCUUGGAGGUAGACUUACGAUUCUCCUUAGCGUCCAUACCAACGGCUGAAGCCUGUUGGAUAUCCGACUGCCUUACUCUUGUCUUGAAGGCCAUGACUAAAAGCCUCUCCACUACGCUCCGCUCGGUAAAAGCAACACUUAGUGACGCUUAUCCAUCUCAUACGCUGCCCUUGGGUGCGCCGGUAAUAGCCCCAUCCGUUUCUUAUAACCAAUUCCACUUACCCUCGCCGUCUUCUGUAGGCUUGGUCUGGAGGGCAUGGAGGGAGCUUAGCCUUCUUGUUGCAGAAGAUAAAGGAGAAGAUGGGCAGUCCAUAUUCGAUCGCGGAGCGGACAUGGUCACUAUGCUGCUCCUUGCCCAAUGCUAUAACGUAACCAUCAAGGUGCUUUUAGCUUACCCUUCACGGACUUUGCAGGCUCAUCUUCUCGACUUAGAAGCGCCAGCUGCACGUUGUACAACGUGAACCCCUCCGUAGUGAUAGCCAAGUACUUACUUCUCUACCUAUUAUCUUUUUUAAGCUGAAUAAUACAUUAUAACCG